UUCCCUAAUUAGGAGCUCGGGAUGGCUGAGGACAUCAAGGCCAAGCUGGGGCGCUACAAGACGGCGCCGUUCGACAGCCGCUUCCCCAACCAGAACCAGACCCGCAACUGCUGGCAGAACUACCUGGAUUUCCAGCGCUGCCAGCGCGCCAUGGCCGCCCGCGGUGCCGACGCCGCCCCGUGCCAGUGGUACUUCCGUGUCUACAAGAGCCUGUGCCCCACGGCCUGGGUGACGGCGUGGGACGAGGCCCGUGAGGAGGGGACCUUCCCUGGCAAGAUCUGAGUGUCCCCCACCCCCCCCGGGUGACAUCGGUGACACCGGGACGGGGGGAG